CACAAAUUCAUCUUCAUCUGUCGAGUGUCAAACUAUUCAAAGUUGUUGUUUAUUGUUAAAAGAAAAACAAAAACAAAUUUCAUAUCAUCUAUUCUCUAUUUCUAUUUUUGGACUCUUUUCCAUUCAUAAGCAUGAUUCAUAAAUUGAUAUAACUUCAGGUCGAGAACUAUCAAAACCGUGUCCAAACCACUUCCAAACUAUCAUCCUGACCAGGAUUAUAUAUUUCCAACUGAAAAAUCUGGUUUUUCUAGCAAGGAUUUGAUAAGGGACUAGAAAGAAGUCUGGAGAUGACUCGUUUUGCCCUCAGAGUAAAAAUGAAGAGUGGACACCAAGUUGUAAAUAAUUUAUCACAUGAUAGCACUAUUGAAGAUCUGAAGCAAACUCUUUCAAGUUUGUCAAAUAUCCCUAUCAACAAAUUGUGUGUUCUAUCUGGAUUUCCUCCUAAAGUAUUAGACAUUACCAAAGAUAAUUUGAAUCUGAGCAGUUGUGGAUUGUCUUCUGGUGAUACUCUAAUUCUUGAAGAAAAAACUGUUUCUGAUAGUGAAGAAAAAGCAAAAACAGCUUCUACUCUAGGCUCCAGAGAUAAUGCAGAUGUACAGCAACAUAUAGAAAGUCCAGGAAUACUGAUGAAAUUUGUUGUUCCAGCAGAUAAUUCUUGUUUAUUCACCAGUAUCAAUUUUGUUUUGAAUGGAAAAGUAGAUGAAUCAGGGACAUUUGGACCAUAUAUGAGAAAGCUAGUAGCAGAAACUAUAAAAGGUGAUAAGCACAGCUAUGAUGAAGCCAUUCUAGGCAAACCAGUUGAUGAGUAUUGUGCAUGGAUUCAAGCUGACACAUCCUGGGGAGGAGCAAUUGAACUAGCAAUUUUGGCAAACUACUAUGGAAUUGAAAUUGCAGUUGUUGACACAAUUAAUGCCAUAAUUAAUAAAUUUGGAGAGGACCAGAACUAUGCUCUGAGAGUAUUUUUAUUGUUUGAUGGUAUUCACUAUGACCCCCUGUUUAUGGAACCAUUUGAUGGAGGUAAGAUCCAAACAAUUUUUCCUACUGAAGAUGAGAGAAUAUUGAGAGAUGCAGAACAGCUUGCUUAUGAAGCAAAAUCUAGUAGACAGUUCACGGACGUCGACAAAUUUACAUUGAAAUGUAUGGUGUGUAACAUCUUGCUGAAAGGGCAGGUAGCAGCUCAAGAACAUGCACAUAGUAGUGGACAUGCAAAUUUUGGGGAAGUGUAGUAGUAGUAGUGGUAUGUCAUCAAUAAAAAUAUUGGUUACAAAUCCAUGACAGCUGAUGCUCGAAAUUAGGAUUAUGAUGAAUUUGAAUUGUUUGGUAUUGAAGUGCUUUUUUUGUUGAACAAGUUUCAUAGUAGUAUAAUAUGGUAUAACAGUGAAUCAACUUUGUUUCUCUCUAAUGGGACCUUGGAACCCUGAGAGAUAGGAACAUAAUUAAAUUGGAACACAGUUAAAUUUCUUAUCAAUCUGUUUUUAUCUUUUCUGGCCGUAUUUAAUGUGAUAUAAUGGUACUGCCAUUUUUUGUAGAAGAAGAAGAAGUUGCUUCAAAAAAGCGGCCAAAUAGGAGGCGAUUUUUUCGGAAAGUCUCGGAAAUAACCGAAAUUAUGUAGAUUCCUCGACGGCAAAUAUUUGACUACUAAAUUAUGUGCAACUUUGCCCCAAUUAGGGGAUCCUAAGAAUGAUUGUGAUUAAAACAAAUUUGUUUCACCUAUUAUAGGUAGAUACGUAAUAUUAUAGAGGCGGCACAAAUUAUUUGCACUUGAUGAAAACCUGCUUCAAUAAAAAUCUUUCAUGAACGCAACUGUUUCACUGCUGAUUCACAUAGUAUAUAUAUUUUUAUCAAUAUGAGGUGCAUGGUGCUUAAUGAUUUCGGAUAGCUGUGAGCUGGAUCAGUUCCAGGUAAAUAUACAAUAUAAAAAGCUCAUAGUGGGUAUAACAAUUUUUAUCUUCGACUUUUUGCUCAGUAGUGAACUAACCUUUUACCGAGCCUAAUUAGUCCAAGAACAACAUUACAAUGUUGAAAACCGUUCGGAGAGCGUCCGCGGCCGGUCGCAACCGGUGUAUAUAUGAACCCAGCAAACACAUCUGUUUAUAUUUACACAACUGUUAUAUAACAUCAACGGAACUUUUUUAUAUAAAAUAUUCACGUGAUUAUUCCAUAAUAAUUCUGAAAUAUGUAAACCUCGUAUUUAUAUAAAAUAUUUACGUAAAUAUUCCAUAACAAUUCUAAAAUAUGUGAACCCCAUUUUUAUAUAAGAAUUUAAUGUAACUAUGAUGUAACUGAUAUGUGAAAAUUUGCUGUCAAUAUAAAAGCUUCUAUAUUAUAUAAUAGGGGAGAGCAACUACAUUAUCAUACACCAAUCUUCAGACGUACGUGCGUGGCGUAGUUGCUUGAGCUUCAGAGCUAGCUCCAGACCUAGCGACCCGGGCUCAAUGCCUUCGACUUUUUUCAUUCUGUUUUCUCGAGUGGUUUUCCGAAAAAUUUUCUUUUUAGAAAGACGGUUUGUUAAGGACUAGCGAGAGGUUAGUUUGUUUAUAAAAAGUAGUCUUCUUCCUUAUGCAGAAUUAACACAGCCGGAGCCCAAGCGGGGAUUUAGGGAUUUACUCGAGCGCGUCACAUCAAGACAUGGUACGUUAAUUACAUGCAGAAAUGUGUACCUUUCAAUAAUCUGACGAUUUUAGCGUGACAUAAGGAAAUGGGAGAGCCACAAAGUUGCAGAAAAAAAUCGUCACUUGUACAUUCUCGAGCGCGGUUAAUUUUUUUCUUAUUUUGAAGGCAAUCAGUCACGGAUCACGGAAAUAUCAUAACCUGCCAAUUUGCACAAGCCCAAGUAGCGAAAAUCAUCAAUUAAGUGUGGUGCUUGCAGCCACUGGGAACUAUGUAUGUAAUUGUGGUAACGUAGGAAACUGAAAAAAUGUAUCACUUCGAAUAUUGUUAUCAAUGCUGUACAUUGUCAGCUCAUAGGAAGGAAUCUGAAAAUGCAAUAAAAUACAAGGUGUGCUAUAAGAAAAAUAAUAAGUUUGAUACGCCACGCAUUUUUAGUUACCCUGUAUAACGCAAAAUAUUUCAGAAAUGCACUGCUCAUGAGACUAGACCAUCUCAAGAAUUUUUGUUCAUCUAUCUCAAACAGCAAAGCCGUUAUCUCACUUUGGCACACUAGUGGUCCACCCUGUAUGUCUAGAUGAGCCUUAUUCCAUCUCAAAAUUGUGAAUUCUUCGAGCUGUUGAAGUCCUGCUACAAAAAACUGACCCACCCUGUAUAGUUUAUAUUUUAGUUAUUAAAUACGCGGGAGACGGCUUUUCACGCACGUGUUUUUAACGCAUUCAUUGCGGGUGCCCGGCGUUCCCGUCUACGUAUAUUGGUACGUAUCGUAUAAACAUGUCUCAACAGGAUUUAACGAUUGUGGGUGCGGUUUUCAUUUUAUUCAAUAUUUCAAUAUCCAAGUAGUAGCUGCAUCAGUUGGUUGGUUUUUAUUUGUUUCAAGUGAAUUUAAACCACGAUGGUUCGAAAAUACCUCAAUGACGAUCAAAUUGAAGAGUUGUUGUAUGCUGAAAGGAACUAAAUUCUGCUUUGCGCCUUGUGAUGUUCCGCUGUGUAUCAUAAAAUGUUUUGAAAGGUAUCACACUGUCAAAAAUCAUUAAAUUCCAUUUCAUAUAUGGAAAUAUUUUCAAUUCAUUAUAAAUAUAAGCUAGGUAUCGCAUUAUAACAUUUCAUUUUAAAAAAGUCUAUUGAAAUAGAAGUUAUUUUGGGUUGAAAUAUGUAAAAAAAUCGCAUUCACAAGUUAUCCUGUGGUUGCGGGAGACAGGUGUACACGUCCGUACCUGACUUGCGUAUACCGGGAGACGGGCGUUCCCGCAACGCUAAAUUUUCCCCGUUUUGAGAGCACGACUAUCAAAAUUUUACCCGCAAUGAAAGGGUUAAGGUAAUUCCUCUACAUAAUUGUCAGAUUAUGGGUCAAUACGACAAGGACAUCAAAAUGAAACGUCUGUAUAAUAAUCUGACGCGCUCGAGUAUUUCAAGGUCACG